AUGAAGAACGACGAAAUUGCAGCUCUUCUGCAGGCAUUGGAUCUCAAAUGGGAGCAACGUGCAGAAUCUCAACUGGAGAAUUUCAAGCUCAUGCUCGAACAGCACACUGCAAAAACUGAAGAAAAAUUCACUCAUCUGUCUCAGUCUUCAUCGCCAGCUACUGGCCGCGAGGGUAGUACGGAGCGGGGUGGUGGAGGUCGUUCAGAGUCGGAAUCAGAUGUUCGCGAUGUCAAUACGAUUCUCAAAACUAUGAGGGUCAAAAUUCCUCGAUUCGAUGGUACUGCAGUGGAUGAUUGGAUCUAUAAGAUCAACAAGCUUUUUGAUCUACAUCGAGUGGCACCGGAGCUACGACUGGCGAGGGUCCCAUUUCAUUUAGACGGAGCAGCGUCUGCUUGGUUUCAGUGGAUGGAGAAAGGAGGAUCGUUCACCGACUGGGACGCUUUUCUUCGAGCAUUACAGCUGCGUUUUGGUACGUCCAUUUAUGAUGAUCCGUUAGGCUGUAUUUCCAAGUUGACCCAGACCGGACGAGUUGCGGAUUACAGAGCUGAAUUUGAAUCUCUCAUGCCACGGAUUACUGGAGUGCAGGACUCGAUGUUCUUGAAUUUUUUCAUUUGGGGGCUCAAAUUGGAGAUUCGACGGGAACUAUUGAUGGCUAAACCCAUCGACCUGGCGGAUGCGAUGGCGAAAGCUCAGUUGUUCAAAGAUCGCCAUGAUGAUCUCACGGGUAAGUUACGCUCGGCUUAUACCUGUUCUUCUUGGACACCACAGACUGGAUUUAUUCCUCGGGAAUCAGGGGUUGUUGCCGCGUCCACUAUGAACACUAACCCGAUUCCACCUGGGGGAGUUUCCUCCAAGACCAGCGGUCCAUCGACCCCUCAAUUACCCAUUAAGCGUCUAUCCCCAGCCGAGAUUAAGAACCGUCGAGACCGCGGUCUUUGUUUUACUUGCGAUGAGAAGUUCAACUUUGGGCAUAAAUGUAAGAAUAGGAUGCUGAUAUUGUACGGGCAAGAGGAUGAUGACUGUGAAACUGAUUUGGAGGCGGAAUUACAGGAUAUGGAGGACGUAACAGAAGAAGAAGUGAGUCUCAAUUCGCUGUCGAAUUCGCUUAACCCACGAAUUUUUCGAAUAAUGGCUCAUCAUGGGUCUGAAACAUUGGAGGUUCUCAUCGACACAGGCAGCAACAACAACUUCAUUCAGGAGGCAUUGGUAGCUAAGUUGCGUUUGCAGUGCGAAGAUACAAAACGCUUUCGGGUUUAUAUGGGUAAUGGAAAUUUUUUGAUGUGCUCUAAAGUUUGUAAGGGAGCUGAGUUGAGUCUCCAGGGCCAUUGUUUUGCUGUUGACCUGUUCGUGUUGCCGAUUUGUGGAUUAGAUGUGGUUUUGGGGAUGCAGUGGUUACAAACACUCGGGCCGUGUAUACACGACCACAAGGCUUUGACUAUGGAAUUCUCUUGGCAGGGGAAGACGGUGAAGUUGGCUGGGUUGACAGACACGUAUCCACAGCGACUUUCCUAUACCCAAUUUCAUGCAUUGUUACGAGAUGGUGAAGUUCAGGAUGUCUACAAGGUGGCCCCGCUUCCUAACCCAGUGCUCGACAACACAGAGGAGCUGGAAGCAUUAGAAACCCAUUUUCCUACGCAAGGUAAAGGCUUACUUCGCGAUUUUGCUGCAGUCUUCGCUGCACCCAAGCAACUUCCGCCAUACCGCGGGGUGGAUCAUCGUAUUUUUUUACAGCCUGGGUCCAAACCAGUAAAUGUUCGUCCAUACAGGUACCCUUAUUUUCAGAAAGACAUUAUUGAGAAACUUGUCCAAGAGAUGAGUGAGCUGGGAUUUAUCAGAUCCAGUACCAGUCCGUAUUCCUCUCCCGUAUUAUUGGUUAAAAAGAAAGAUGGCUCUUGGAGGUUUUGCAUUGACUACCGUGCACUUAAUGAAAUCACUGUCAAAGAUCGAUUCCCCAUUCCGACCAUCGACGAACUACUUGACGAACUAGGUGCGGCGGUCAUUUUUUCGAAAUUGGACCUUAGAGCGGGUUACCAUCAGAUUCGUAUGAACCGCAGUGACAUCCACAAAACCGCUUUCCGCACCCACGAAGGCCACUACGAAUUCAUUGUCAUGCCCUUUGGUCUCACUAAUGCUCCCUCAACAUUUCAGGCGGCGAUGAACCAGUUAUUUCGUCCACACUUGCGGCACUUUGUCAUCGUUUUUUUUUACGACAUUCUCAUUUAUAGUAAUUCUGUUCAGGAGCAUGUUGACCAUCUCCGAGUGGUUCUGUCCCUACUGCAAGAGCACCAGUUUUUCGUCAAAGGUAGUAAGUGCAAAUUCUUUCAGACGACCAUUGAUUAUUUGGGACACUUAGUAUCCGCUCAAGGGGUGUGCGCCGACCCAGCCAAGAUCUCAGCCAUGGUUGAUUGGCCGAUUCCAAAAACUAUUAAGCAAUUACGUGGUUUUUUGGGAUUAACAGGAUACUACCGCAGAUUCGUCGCCCACUACGCCACUAUCGCUGCCCCCCUCACUGAAAUGCUCAAGAAAGACUGUUUUAUGUGGACUCCAGCAGCAGCUACGGCAUUUGCAACCCUUAAAACUGAGAUGACCAAUACACCAGUCUUGCGGUUGCCUGACUUUUCGAAGGAAUUUGUUAUUGAGACAGACGCCUCUAGCGUGGGUAUUGGAGGAGUGUUGAUGCAGGAAGGACAUCCUGUUGCCUUUUUCAGUAAGAAGUUGGGUCCCCAUUUUGCAGGAGCAUCAGCGUAUAGUAGAGAAAUGAGAGCCAUCAUCGAAGUGGUGACCAAAUGGAGGCAGUACCUAUUGGGAAGACACUUCACCAUUCGCACAGAUCAUAAAAGCUUGAAGGAGCUGCUCACUCAAGUCAUUCAGACCCCCGAACAGCAGCAAUUUUUAUGCAAAUUGCUGGGCUUUCAUUUUUCUAUUGAGUACAAACCGGGCCGCACCAAUGCCGCUGCCGAUGCUUUAUCGAGACAACAAGCAGAGACACCUCCAGCAAUGUUUAUGGCUGUCAGUAAGGGCUGUUUUGAUUUUCUGGAUGUCUUGAGACAGGAAAACAUUACUUGUCCAGAUUUACGCAGGUUGCACGAGCAAUAG